AGAAGGCAGGCCUGAGUCACAGAGUGGAGCAGCGGGAGGGAAACAUAUACCAGUUUAGAUCUGCAUCCUUAGCACUCUCACUUAGAACUCUCAGUACUCUCAGAUACACCUUUAUUUUAUACCUUUAUUUAACAAGACAGUUCAGAACAAAGUCCUCGCAUCUGAGCACAACAGACCUUAGCUAGCUGCUUUCAUACUUAAACGUAACACACACUGUACAGUCAGGACACCAAACCCCCAGGACCACUAGACAAGAUGAUCUUUCUGAUGGACCUCCAGAUGAUGCUACUGGACGUGAUCUACUUUAUCCUGCGUGGAUCCGUGCGGAUCGUCUUCCGGCCGCGCACCAAGCCCAUUGACGGCGAGCUUGUCCUCAUCACAGGGUCAGGGGGUGCCCUGGGGCGUCUCUUCGCCCUGGAGUUCACCAAACACGGGGCAGAGGUGGUGCUGUGGGACAUUGACGCUAACAACAAUGAGGAGACAGCCAGGCUAGUGAGGGAGGCGGGGGGCAAGGCGUACCCCUACAGGGUGGACGUCACCAACCGGGUGGAGGUGUACCGCACGGCGGACAAUGUGCGGACGGACCUGGGCCGUAAUGUCACCAUGCUGGUGAACAACGCCGGGGUGGUUGCCGGGGAACGGCUGAUGGACUGUCCGGAUGAGCUGUUGGAGAGGACCAUGAAGGUCAACUGUCACGCCCUCUUCUGGAUGGCGAAGGCCUUCGUUCCCCAGAUGAAAGAGCAGAACCAUGGACACAUCAUCACCGUCGCCAGCGUCCUGGGUCUCUUCAGCACUGCCUGUGUGGAGGAUUAUUGCGCCAGUAAGUUUGCGGCGGUGGGAUUCCACGAGUCCCUGGCCCACGAGCUGCUGACUGAGGAGUUUGAUGGAGUCAAGACCACUCUGGUGUGCCCCUAUAUUGUCGACACGGGCAUGUUUGACGGGUGCAAGAUCCGGGAUGAGGUAGCACUGUUCCUGGCACCGCUUGAGCCUAGGUACUGUGUGGAGCAGGCCAUGAACGCCAUCCUGAUCGACCAACCCCUGGUUUGCAUCCCACGCCUCACCUACCUGCCCGUCAUCUCCCGAGCGCUGUUGCCGUGGGAGUCUAACGUGGUGACCUAUCGGUUCAUGGGGUCAGACAAGUGCAUGUACCCCUUCAUCGAGAGCAAGAGGAACAAGCUGACCAAUGGAGGACCUACCCUGAUUGCAGCUAACUAACUCUCCCUGUCAAUUCAGUCUCUACAGAUAAAAUCUAAGGGCCAGUUUCCCAGACAUAUUAAACCGAGUCCUGGACUAAAAUUCUCCAUUGAGCAUGCUUUUUAUUCCAGGAAGAGGCUUAAACUGUGUCCAGGAAACAAGCCCUGUGUAGAUAAAGACAUAUUUAAUGGGAUAAAAAUGAUAGAAUAGGGAAAUAAAAUUGCCACUUUUUUCACACUAUUCUGCCGACUCUAACUGUAAUCCUCUCAUGGCUGGCCUUCCUGUGAGUAUGGUCCAACAUAAGGUCAGUCUGCAUUUGUAAUAUUAUUAUUCCCAGGUGGUUUGAGAAGGGCAUCGCCAGCCAACCAUGCCCCUCAACUGGUUUAAAAGCAGGCUGGCACCAUCGGUCCUGUUCAGCACGCUUUAAGCAACCCUAGCUGUGCUGGAACCGUGCUGGAGAGGACAAUGUGAAAAUUAAAUAUCUGAGCCAGCACAGUAUGGUUUGGGUCUGUACAAUUGUGUGAAAAGGUUAUAUGUGCAACACCUCUGAUUAGUGGUCCUCUGAUUGCAUGUGAUGGAAUGGAAGUAAUGGUCAUCGGCCAGCAAUGAAGUCUUGCAGGACUGGGUGGUUGUACCAUGUGUUUGACAGGUCAAUAAUAAUGUGUCAGCCGUUUGUUUGGCUAACCUACCAUCCUGCUGCCACAGAACUGUUUACAUGGAGUAAAAACAUCUACUACUGUCACAGUAAAAACACUGUGUGCCUGGUUUGUUUUCUGUCACUGAUAUCACAUCUGUAUAGGGCUAGACAUGCUUUGCCAGAAACACACACG